AUGCAUGAACCAAAUAACCUAAACCCGUUGGAGCAUACGUCGUGCGGUGGUUGGCAGCUUAUGCGGUGGCGACACCGAGUGCGAGUUGUGACCGACCAUGGUGUGUCAAGGAUGGUGCAGAUUUGGCAUGAGGGAGGCGGAAAAGGAGUUGUAGUGGCAAGCGGGUUGAAGAAGCUAAGGGAGAUAGAGUUGGAGAAUCUGCGCGGAAAUGGAAAGGGAGAACGCAAGACGUCUGAUAAGAUCUAUGAUUACGACACUUACAAUGACCUUUGGGAUCCUGAUGAUAGUAAGGAUCUUGCCCGUCCCAUUCUUGGCGGACAGGAUCAUCCUUACCCUAGGAGAUGCAGAACCGGGCGUCCUAGUUCCAAGAAAGACCCGUUGUCGGAGACGAGAAGCAGCAGUGUGUAUGUGCCAAGGGAUGAAGCAUUUGAAGAAGUGAAGCAGAUGACAUUCUCGACGAAGACGCUGAAAUCAGUGCUGCACGCGCUGCUACCUCAGGUGGAGAUCAUGCUGCUGGAUCCACACCUUGUAUUUCCCUACUUCACUGCCAUAGACUUACUGUUUCAAGGAGUCCCUUUGCCCAAGAGCAAGAACUUCUUUCAGUCAAUCAUCCCAAGACUAGUGAAGACCAUAGCUGAAGGAGAAGGAGAUAUUUUGCUCUUUGAAACCCCUGCAAUGAUCGACAGUAUGCCUGAUCUCUUCCUUGCUUCCUCUUCUCUUCUUGAGAUGGAUCGAGUCGUUGAUGAAUCAGAGUGGCCCUUGAAGAGUAAACUGGAUCCUGGGAUCUAUGGUCCUCCAGAAUCAUUGAUCACAGCAAAACUGAUCGAGAGAGAGAUCAAAGGGGUCAUGACUAUUGAUGAGGCCUUGAAACAGAAGAAGAUGUUCAUAUUGGAUUAUCACGACCUUCUCUUACCUUAUGUGAACAAAGUGAGGGAGAUUGAAGGCACUACAUUGUAUGGAUCUCGAACUCUGUUCUUCCUAACCAUGGAUGGCACAUUGAGGCCUCUUGCAAUCGAGCUAACUAGGCCGCCAGUUGGUGACAAGCUGCAGUGGAAGCAAGUGUUCACACCAGGCUGGGAUGGCACAAGUUGCUGGCUAUGGAGGCUGGCUAAAGCUCAUGUUUGUGCUCAUGACUCUGGUUAUCACCAGCUUGUUCACUGGUAAAAUGAUUUGAGACUCUGCUCAUUGUCUAUAAACCGGGCUUUUACCAAUUCAACAAUCAGAACAAGCUGAAACCACAUGGUUGGGAUUGUAUUUUUUGCAGGCUAAGGACUCACUGUUGUACUGAGCCAUACAUCAUUGCAGCUAACCGGCAACUAAGCGCUAUGCACCCAAUCUAUAGACUCCUGCAUCCUCAUUUCAGGUACACAAUGGAGAUCAAUGCUCUUGCUCAGGAAAGCCUCAUAAAUGCAGGUGGAAUCAUUGAGAGCUGCUUCUCGCCAGGCAAGUAUGCCAUUGAGCUCAGUUCUGCUGCCUAUGACCGGCUCUAGAGAUUUGACAUUGAAGCUUUGCCUGCUGACCUGAUC